GCAACGUGAUAUUCACAGCGGCAUGGAGGAUGACAUCGCAUCGCCGUCACCACAAGCGACCGAGCGAAGUGUGGCUGGUGUGCCGAUCGAAGGAUCCCCUGCCGCGACGGCACGGAAAUGGUCCAGCUAUGCCCCCGUCGCAUCGAGUUGGAACUCGGAGCAGUUCAAUGCGUCCCUCAACACAAAUCUACUCACGUUUUCUGUGGCCCCGUUGACACAUGUGAUGCAAGCUGUGGGAACCACGAUCCACCACCACGACAUUUUAUUGCAGGAGCUGGCAAAGCAAUUGCACAAAGUCGACCGAGUACAAGAAGAGAUGAGCAAACACACGGCAUCCCCCUCGAUUUCGAACGAUGACUUGCUGGCAAAGCUCGGAGAAAUUGAAAAACGUGUGAACGACGUCGAAGCCAACGCAGAACCAAUUCAGAGUCGGGAGGAACUGUUGACCAACAAACUUGGUAUGGUACGGGCGCUUGAGGACCGCGCGGAAGAGCAGGACGCAUCCAUUGGUGACGUGAAGAAUUGCGUGGAUCAAAUGAGCAUUCGGCUUAGCGACUUCGUCACGACUGUCACGCUUGACCUGAUGAAGGAAGCGCUCUUGAACGAUGUUCAAGCCAUGAUUAAGGACGCAAUCGCCCAGCUCGUCACGUCACAAGACGCGCGAUACAACGCUCUACAAGAUCAGUUGACGCAGCUGCACGGCAACAAUAGCGACAAUGACAGCAGCGAUGGCGAUGACGAUGAGGUGCUGAGUGAUGGCGGCGACGUCCUUCGACCGGCGCGCGUUCCUCCGGCCGAAACGACCAUGGUUACCCAUACACACAAGAAGAGCAAACGCAGCGAUGGAACGUCGUCCACACGCAUGCUAUUUGACCCGGCGCAGAAAAUGCAUGUCGAGCAACUUGAUCAACAACUCAAGCAGCUCACUGUGCGUUUGCGAGAUGUCGAGGUUGAUAGGGCUACUUGGCACGAUCGAGUGGAGGGUAUUCAUGACCAAGUCGUUCAAUGCAAUUUGGACGCUGGCCAGUUUCGCCACGACAUGAUCAGUGCAUUUGACGAGCUGGCUGGCAAGGUGAAGGAAGCCCACUCGACAGAAACGCCUUCAGUCACACCCUUGCCAGUGCCUUCCCGCAAAUUCGACGACGAAGUACAGCGACACUCCGAUCGCAUCGAGCGUUUGACCAAGCAAAUUGGAGAUCUUAAUCUGGCGCACGGGAGUGACCACACAACGACCGAGUCCAACGCUCAAGCGGUGAAAGCGUUGCAAGAGGACGUGCGCAAACUGAAAGGUCAGGUGGACGCGUUCGAAGAAAACCAGAGUUUGAUGCAAGGACUGUCGGGCGGUGGAGGAGGGGAUGGUGCGACACCAGAUCUGUCGAUGGUAUUUGGGAAACUCGCCGAGAUGCGACAGACACAAACCGACGCGACAGACGAGCUGCGACAGCAUCUGAACGCGUUGGACGAGUGGGCGAAGGGCCACAAGACACAGUGGCAGAAUGCAAAGCACCAAGAGGAAGGCAAGGCCCAGUUGGAUCUGCGACAGCUCGACGCCCAGCUCGAGUUGGAGAAGGACGGGUUGCACCAUCAAUUGCAUCUGCAGGAACACAUUAUGGGCCAAGUCACCGACUGGUUGCACGCGAUCCCUAUCAUUCGAAAAGAUCUCGAAAAACCAGACUCGCAUGAGAACAAAAAGAUGAUCGAGCUGCAGACGAUGUUACGCCAGUACUAUCGUGCGUUGCCUGGAGUUGCUGCGCUGCAAGCCACGAGUAAUGGGUUGCAUGGCACGCUCCAAAAUCUCCACCACAUGUUCCUUCGAGUUCAAGAUUCUGUGGCCGGACUCGGCGUCGACUUGGCGACUCGUGACCAACAGCUUCAGACCCUCAACACACUCCUCUCGACCUUGGAUAAGCAUAACGAAGGGCUCCUCAAGCAAUAUGACAAUGCGCGCGCGCAGAUGGAUGAGCUGUGGAAUCUGUGGCAGAAGCGGCUCCACAUGGAUGCUGACAAUAGGCUGGCGCUGUUGUCCAAAGAAAUCACUGAAGUCGCCCUGCUCAAACCUAAGGUGGUGGUGCCGUCGCCACCGCAAGCGCCUUCGGGUCCAGAACAUCAUUCGCACGUGGAUAAGAAGAUGUCGUUGUCCGCACAAGCGAUGGCCCUUGGUGAAGGCAGCGAUGCAGUUAAGCGGCUAGAGCAGUUGCUGCUGACAUGUUGCCGUCGUCUUGACGGGUUUGAAGACGACCUCCGUGUGCUGACGCGAAACGUGCACGCGUACCGCGGCGACAUGACGGAUCGCGUGACAGAGGGCCACUUGUCCAAGCUCAAAUUUCAAAUCUUCGCCGAGCUCGCCAAGAUUCACGCGGUGUUGGGAUCGUCUAAAUUCCAAGGCGGGGCAGCGACGGCGUCGAUCGCCAAGGUGUACGACGAUUCGGAAAUCAAGUCGACGUUAGACGUGCAGGCCGAGUUGAUUGCAUCGUUGUGCCUAGAGCUCAAGAAGGAGAAGGAAGAAGCGUCCGAGAAAAAGUCAGUUGCGCCGCCGCCGCUGGCCGAGGUCAUCGAUUCGGACAAAGUAUUCAACGCCAAGCUUGAAAGCAUUACAGAAAAAGUCGCCGAGAUGUUUGUGACCCUUGAAGUGCAACGGUCGAGCUCGCAACCCCGCAACAUUAUCCCUGCCUACAACCCGACACUGCUUCUGGAAGCAUUUGCCCAAAAUAUCGAGGCAAAGCUUGCCCUCACGCAGGACUUGACGAAAAAGGACAUUGAGCGCAUCAAAGCCGAGCUCGGGGAUAACGUUCGCCGCCGUGUGACCAAGGCCAUGGAAGCCAUGCGAGACCACAUACCAUCUACAGAACCCACAACUGCAGUUGGCACGAUCCCAGGGAUGGUGUGUUGCAUUGCUUGCAGUCGGCCGGUCCGGUUCGAUACGAACACAGGAGAUGUUCAGAAAGAAGUGAAUCGCACGACUCUCGGACUGCCAGAACCCGACGAGGAUGACGAGCUGUGGGAGCGAGAAAGCGAUCCGGAGUUUGUCUACCGAGCUGGGUUCCGCAUGCCAGUGAUCGAAAGGAAAAAUGUUCUGCCGUUGCUCGUGUCACCAAGAGUCCCACCGUCGCCGCGGGUGAAGGGAGGCAGCGUCGACAAGGGCAAAAGUCGUCGAUUUAUCAAAGGGAGCACGCGGAAAGUCGACAGUUUGAUGCGAGAGGUCGAAGAUCUCGACCACGACACGCUGAACGCGGAGCGUCAAGUCGAUUACAAGAAAGUGAAUGACGCGCGCAAACCCAUCGCGCCGCUUCGAUAAGGAGACUCUUCUAUACAGCUACAACACUACCACAAUGAAGAGGAUGAAUCGUCAGGCAGAAAUCUCUUGGAAAUCAUCGUUGGCAGUGUGACUGCAAACCUCCCGCUUUCAUGGUAAUCACUCGAUUCCUCUCCUCGUGCAUGCUUCAUUGCGCGAUAUCUCCAUCAAUCGUCCACAGACGACGGCAUAGGCUAUCCAUCUAAGCAUAUAGAUCUCUUU